GAACGUAGGCCGCUCGUGCUACCAGCGGGACCAUUGUAACGUUGGGGAGACGCAUUUCACUCCAAUGAGACUUUGACUUUUGUACAAGCAGCGACCUGAAACAGCUGUAAACACUGAACCGAUGCUCGGAUUGUUUCCAUAAAGCGGCAGAGUUGAAGUGAACUCUGUGGAUAUUUACCGAUCGCGCGCUGUUCCUCGUGCUGAAGAGCUGAAAGAAAAGCGGCACCAUGGCGGAUGUUACUGCUCGUAGCUUGCAGUACGAGUACAAGGCGAACUCAAACUUGGUGCUACAAGCUGAUCGCUCUCUUAUCGACCGCACACGGAGAGAUGAGCCCACAGGAGAAGUGCUGUCCCUGGUGGGGAAGCUGGAGGGAACCAAGAUGGGUGACAAGGCGCAGAGGACCAAACCUCAGAAGCUGGAGGAGCGACGCGACAAGAGACGAAAAAGAGACGAGGACAGACAUGACAUCAACAAAAUGAAGGGCUUUACUCUUCUGUCUGAGGGCAUCGAUGAAAUGGUGGGCAUCGUCUACAAGCCCAAAACCAAAGAGACUAGAGAGACCUAUGAAGUCUUGCUUAGCUUCAUCCAUGCUGCUUUGGGAGAUCAGCCUCGUGAUAUUCUCUGUGGAGCUGCGGAUGAAGUUUUAGCAGUGCUGAAAAAUGACAAAAUGAGGGAUAAGGAACGGCGGCGUGAGGUGGAGCAGCUUCUUGGACCUGCUGAUGAUACACGAUACCACGUCUUGGUUAAUCUGGGAAAGAAGAUUACAGACUAUGGCGGGGACAAGGAUUUACAGAAUAUGGAUGACAACAUCGAUGAAACAUACGGGGUCAAUGUCCAGUUUGAGUCUGAUGAGGAGGAGGGGGAUGAAGACCAGUUUGGAGAGGUACGAGAUGAACACUCGGAUGAAGACAGUGAAGGAGAAGAGGCAGACCAUGGCUGCACUCUCUCAGCUAAUCUUGGUGCCACCAGUGAUGUGAUGACAGUGAAGAAAAAAGAUUUGCAUCCCAGAGACAUCGACGCCUUUUGGCUCCAGCGUCAGCUCAGCCGUUUCUAUGACGAUGCCAUCGUCUCACAAAAGAAAGCUGAUGAAGUUUUAGAAAUCCUCAAGACCGCCAGCGAUGACAGAGAGUGUGAGAACCAGCUGGUGUUGCUGUUGGGCUUCAACACCUUUGAUUUUAUUAAAAUCCUUCGUCAGCACCGUCGCAUGAUUCAGUAUUGUACCAUGCUGGCGAGUGCUCAGAGCGAGGCGGAGAAAGAAAGGAUCAUUGGAAAAAUGGAGUCUGAUCAGGAACUGUCAAAGAUUCUUUACCAGCUGCAGGAAACCGAGAAGGAGGAUAUUAUUCGGGAGGAGCGAUCCCGUCGAGAGAGGGUGAGGAAGUCUCGUGUUGAUGACUUGGAAGCAAUGGACAUUGACCAUGGAGAGUCGAUGGCGCCUCGGCAGCUCCUUGACCUGGAGGACCUGGCCUUCACUCAGGGAAGUCACUUCAUGGCCAACAAACGUUGUCAGCUGCCGGAUGGCUCUUUUCGUAAACAGCGUAAAGGUUAUGAGGAAGUCCACGUGCCGGCCCUCAAACCCAAACCCUUCGCUGACGAUGAGGUGCUUGUUGCCAUUGACAAGUUGCCUAAGUAUGCCCAGGCUGGAUUUGAGGGUUUCAAAACUCUGAAUCGCAUCCAAAGCAAGUUGUUCAAGACGACCAUGGAGACGGACGAGAACCUGCUUGUUUGCGCACCUACGGGAGCUGGAAAGACCAACGUCGCCCUGAUGGCAAUGCUGAGAGAGAUUGGAAAGCACAUUAACAUUGACGGAACAAUUAAUGUGGACGACUUCAAAAUCAUCUACAUUGCCCCCAUGCGCUCGCUGGUGCAGGAGAUGGUUGGAAGUUUCGGCAAGCGUUUGGCAAGUUAUGGAAUCAUUGUGUCCGAGCUGACAGGAGACCACCAGCUGUGUAAAGAGGAGAUAAAUGCUACUCAGAUCAUCGUUUGCACGCCAGAAAAGUGGGACAUCAUCACCCGUAAAGGCGGGGAGCGUACCUACACCCAGCUUGUGCGCUUGAUCAUAAUUGAUGAAAUUCAUCUGCUCCACGAUGACCGUGGCCCUGUGCUGGAGUCCUUGGUGGCGAGGACGAUCCGCAAUGUGGAGUUGACCCAGGAGGAUGUGCGUCUGCUGGGUCUCAGUGCUACGCUGCCCAACUAUGAGGACGUGGCUACCUGCCUGCGUGUUGACCCAGCCAAGGGACUCUUCUACUUUGACAACAGUUUCCGCCCGGUGCCUCUGGAGCAGACCUAUGUAGGGAUCACAGAGAAGAAGGCCAUCAAGCGCUUCCAGAUCAUGAAUGAGAUCGUCUAUGAAAAGAUCAUGGAGCAUGCUGGAAAGAACCAGGUGCUGGUGUUUGUUCACUCCAGGAAGGAGACAGGAAAGACUGCCAGAGCCAUCAGGGACAUGUGCCUGGAGAAGGACACUCUGGGUCUGUUUCUCAGAGAGGGCUCUGCGUCCACCGAGGUGUUGAGAACUGAAGCAGAGCAGUGCAAGAAUCUGGAGCUGAAGGAUUUGCUUCCUUACGGCUUUGCGAUCCACCACGCUGGUAUGACCAGGGUCGACCGUACACUGGUGGAGGAUUUGUUUGCCGACCGACACAUCCAGGUUCUGGUGUCUACAGCCACUCUGGCCUGGGGUGUGAAUUUGCCAGCACACACUGUCAUUAUCAAAGGGACCCAGGUGUACAGCCCAGAGAAGGGCAGAUGGACUGAGCUGGGAGCCCUGGACAUCCUACAGAUGCUUGGGCGAGCUGGACGCCCUCAGUAUGACACCAAAGGAGAAGGAAUCCUGAUCACGUCCCACGGAGAGCUGCAGUAUUAUCUGUCCCUGCUCAACCAGCAGCUGCCCAUCGAGAGUCAGAUGGUGGGAAAACUGGCCGACAUGUUGAACGCAGAAAUCGUGCUGGGCAAUGUUCAGACGGCAAAGGAUGCUGUGAACUGGCUCGGCUACACCUACUUAUACGUGCGCAUGCUCCGUAACCCCACCCUGUACGGCGUGUCUCACGAUGACCGGAGCUCAGACCCCCUGCUGGAGAGACGCAGGAUGGAUCUGAUCCACACGGCGGCCAACGUCCUGGACAAGAACACCCUCAUCAAAUAUGACAAGAGGACCGGAAGCUUCCAGGUCACAGACCUGGGCCGCAUUGCCAGUCACUUCUACAUCACGCACGACUCGAUUCAAACCUACAACCAGCUGCUGAAGCCCACUCUGAGCGAGAUAGAACUGUUCCGAGUGUUCUCGCUGUCCUCCGAGUUCAGGAACAUCACUGUGAGAGAGGAGGAGAAACUGGAGCUGCAGAAGCUCCUGGAAAGAGUUCCUAUUCCUGUGAAAGAAAGCAUCGAGGAGCCCAGCGCUAAGAUCAACGUGCUCCUCCAGGCCUACAUCUCUCAGCUCAAACUGGAAGGUUUUGCUCUCAUGGCUGACAUGGUGUAUGUUACACAGAGUGCUGGACGUUUGAUGCGAGCCAUCUUCGAGAUUGUGCUGAACAGGGGCUGGGCUCAGCUCACGGACAAAACCCUGAACCUCUGCAAGAUGAUUGACAAGAGAAUGUGGCAGUCCAUGUCUCCUCUGCGACAGUUCAAGAAGCUGCCGGAGGAAGUGAUCAAGAAGAUCGAGAAGAAGAACUUCCCCUUCGAGCGCCUCUACGACCUCAACCACAAUGAGAUCGGUGAGCUGAUCCGAAUGCCUAAAAUGGGCAAGACCAUCCACAAAUACGUUCACCAGUUCCCCAAACUGGACCUGGCCGUCCACCUGCAGCCAAUCACUCGCUCCACGCUGAAGGUGGAGCUCACCAUCACCCCCGACUUCCAGUGGGACGACAAGAUUCACGGAUCGUCUGAGGCUUUCUGGAUCCUCGUUGAGGACGUGGACAGCGAGGUCAUCCUCCACCACGAGUACUUCCUCCUCAAAGCCAAGUACGCCCAGGACGAGCAUCUGGUGACGUUCUUCGUCCCGGUGUUCGAGCCUCUGCCUCCGCAGUACUUCAUCCGCGUGGUGUCGGACCGAUGGCUCUCCUGUGAGACUCAGCUCCCGGUGUCCUUCCGCCACCUGAUCCUCCCAGAGAAGUACCCUCCGCCCACCGAGCUGCUGGACUUGCAGCCGCUGCCCGUCACGGCGCUCAGGAACUCUGCCUUCGAGGCGCUCUACCAGAACAAGUUCCCUUUCUUCAACCCCAUUCAGACACAAGUUUUCAACGCCGUCUACAACAGUGACGAUAACGUGUUUGUGGGCGCCCCCACCGGCAGUGGGAAGACCAUCUGCGCCGAGUUUGCCAUUCUGAGAAUGCUGCUGCACAAUGCAGAGGGCCGAUGUGUGUACAUCACUCCAAUGGAGGCGCUGGCUGAGCAGGUGUUUGUCGACUGGCACCAGAAGUUUCAGGACAUCCUGAAUAAGAAGGUGGUGCUGCUGACCGGAGAGACCAGCACCGACCUGAAGCUGCUGGGAAAGGGGGACAUCAUCGUCAGCACGCCGGACAAAUGGGACAUCCUGUCCCGCCGCUGGAAGCAGAGGAAGAACGUCCAGAACGUCAGCCUGUUCAUCGUGGACGAGGCGCACCUCAUCGGAGGGGAGAACGGACCGGUGCUGGAGGUCAUCUGCUCCAGGAUGAGAUACAUCUCCUCUCAGAUUGAGCGGCCCAUUCGCAUCGUGGCCCUCAGCUCGUCUCUGUCCAACGCCAAAGACGUGGCCCACUGGCUGGGCUGCAGCACCACCGCCACGUUCAACUUCCACCCCAACGUCCGGCCCGUUCCCCUGGAGCUGCACAUCCAGGGCUUCAACGUGAGCCACACCCAGACCCGCCUGCUCUCCAUGGCCAAGCCGGUGUAUCACGCCAUCAUGAAGCACUCGCCCUCCAAGCCGGCCGUGGUGUUCGUCCCAUCCCGCCGACAGACCCGCCUCACGGCCAUCGACAUCCUCACUUUCUGCGCCGCUGACGUGGUUCCUCAGAGGUUCCUGCACUGCUCUGAGAAAGACUUGGCUCCGUUCCUGGACAAACUCAACGACCCGACUCUGAAGGAGACGCUGGCCAACGGCGUGGGAUACCUGCACGAGGGCCUGUCCACGACCGAACGCAAAAUAGUGGAGCAGCUCUUCAACUCCGGAGCCGUCCAGGUGGUCGUGUCCUCCCGUUCUCUCUGCUGGGGCAUCAACAUCUCCGCUCACCUCGUCAUCGUCAUGGACACCCAGUACUACAACGGCAAAAUCCAUGCGUAUGUGGACUAUCCCAUAUAUGACGUCCUGCAAAUGGUGGGAAAAGCCAACCGGCCCAUGCUGGACGACGAGGGACGCUGUGUCAUCAUGUGUCAAGGCUCCAAGAAGGACUUCUUCAAGAAGUUCCUGUACGAGCCGCUGCCGGUGGAGUCUCACCUGGACCACUGCCUCCACGACCACUUCAACGCUGAGGUGGUCACCAAGACGGUGGAGAACAAGCAGGACGCCGUGGACUACCUGACAUGGACGUUCCUGUACCGACGCAUGACCCAGAACCCCAACUACUACAACCUGCAAGGCAUGUCUCACCGCCACCUCUCGGACCACUUGUCUGAGCUGGUGGAGAACACGCUGCACGACCUGGAGCAGUCCAAGUGCAUCAGCAUCGAGGAUGAAAUGGACGUGGCGCCUCUCAACUUGGGCAUGAUCGCCGCCUACUACUACAUCAACUACACCACCAUCGAGUUGUUCAGCAUGUCCCUGAACGCUAAGACAAAGAUCCGCGGGCUGAUCGAGAUCAUCUCCAAUGCCGCCGAGUACAAGAACAUUCCCAUCAGGCACCACGAGGACGCCCUCCUCCGACAGUUGGCACAGAAGGUGCCACACAAACUGAACAACCCCAAAUUCAACGACCCCCACGUGAAGACCAACCUGCUGCUCCAGGCACAUCUGUCCCGCAUGCAGCUGAGCGCCGAGCUGCAGUCAGACACCGAGGAGAUCCUGAGCAAGGCGAUCCGUCUGAUCCAGGCCUGCGUGGAUGUCCUGUCCAGUAACGGCUGGCUGAGUCCGGCUCUGGCUGCCAUGGAGCUGGCUCAGAUGGUCACCCAGGCCAUGUGGUCCAAGGACUCGUACCUCAAACAGCUGCCCUUCUUCACCUCGGAGCACAUCAAGCGCUGCACCGAUAAGGGUGUGGAGAGCAUCUUUGACAUCAUGGAAAUGGAGGACGAAGACAGAACGGCUCUGCUGCAGCUCUCAGAUGCUCAGAUGACCGAUGUGGCUCGCUUCUGUAACCGCUACCCCAACAUCGAGCUGUCCUACGAAGUGGCCGAAAAGGACAACAUCAAGAGUGGCAGCCCAGUUCUUGUUCAGGUUCAACUGGAGCGAGAGGAGGAGGUGACCGGUCCCGUUAUUGCGCCGCUCUUCCCUCAGAAACGUGAGGAGGGCUGGUGGGUGGUGAUCGGAGACCCCAAGUCCAACAGCCUCAUCUCCAUCAAGAGGCUGACUCUGCAGCAGAAGGCCAAGGUGAAACUGGACUUUGUGGCUCCGGCGAUGGGCGUCCACAACUACACCCUGUACUUCAUGAGCGACGCCUACAUGGGCUGCGACCAGGAGUACAAGUUCAGCGCAGACGUGAAGGAAGCGGACAGCGAUGGAGACAGCGACUCCGAUUAAUCAGCGACCUGAUUCUGUUCUCCACCAUGGCUUUGGUAGAGAGCGAUCAGGGUUUUUAUUCUUCUGUAGAUAUUCAUCUUCUUUGACUUACUCAUCUCUACACUUGUGAUACUUUUUCUUUCUUCAGUUCUGUUUAAACUGUGUGAGUGAUGUACACCAGUCCAGUCAAAAUGUACAGGAUCCGUUUGUCGUUAAUCACAUGUAUUACCGAUACAUGCAGUAAGUCUCAAUUUUUCUGUCUCAAUUCUGACUACAUUUAGCUGUUGAUGGUACAGUUUAUAAAUUCUUGGACUGGUUAAAUUUUUUAAGCUUGGUGUACUGUCUGAAUUAUUUUUUUUUCCCCAAUAAAGAGAAGCCACGUCUUUUUA